UUUAUCCUAAGCUAGUUUAUUUCUUAUACAAAUUUUAUACUAAGAGUAGGUACCUAUAUAAUAGAAAGUGUAUAAUGUGUGUAACAAUAAAUUAUAAUUUAAAGUAAGAACUUUUGAACUGUUUACUCAACGGAUCCAUACAUAUAUAGUUUUUAUACAUUCAUCACACACGGUCAAGAAUGGAUGCAGGUAAUAAAGAAGAGCGGCCUCUAAAUCCACGAGCCAAAGCAAAUAUCUUAGAAAUCUUUACUUUUAGCUGGAUUUUUAAACUUUUCAAAGUUGGCCGUAAAAGGGAUUUAGAAUUCAGUGAUUUAUACAUACCUCUAAAUAAUGACAGAUCAUCAUUAUUAGGAGUCGAAUUAAAAAAGAGAUGGAAAAUCGAGACGGUUAAUGCGAAAAAUGAGAAUAGAGAGCCUAGUUUGGUAAGGGUAUUAGUUCGAAUGUUUGGUGCCAAGCUUAUGUUAUAUGGAUUCAUACAAGCAUUUGUUGAAAUUGUAUUAAGAAUGUCUCAACCCAUACUUAUUGGUGGAUUAUUAGAAUAUUUCAACCCUGACAAGUCUAAUACUAAGGACUUGAAUCAUGCAUAUUUUUAUGCGUCUGGUCUAUUAUUAAACAUGUUGGCUAAUAUAUUAUUGUUUCAUUAUUCACAAAUGGAAAUGGGGCACCUCGGGAUGAAGAUUCGAGUCGCCUGCUGUUCAGCAAUAUAUAAAAAGGCAUUGCGAUUAAGUAAAACAUCUCUAGGUAAAACCACGAUUGGCCAAGUGGUAAACUUGUUGUCCAAUGAUGUCAAUCGGUUUGAUAUAGCAUUUAUAUUUAUACACUUUCUAUGGGUCGGACCCCUUCAAACAAUUGUGGUCACCUAUUUUUUGUGGCAAGAACUUGGCGUAUCAUCGUUAGUUGGAGUGGCUAUAUUUCUUGUAUUUAUUCCACUACAAGGAUGGCUGGGAAAAAAAACUUCCGAAUAUCGGUCAAGAACAGCCCCUAGGACAGACGAAAGAGUAAGGUUAAUGAACGAAAUAAUAUCAGGCAUACAAGUGAUAAAGAUGUACACUUGGGAGAAACCUUUUGCAGUGCUUGUACAAUUAGCAAGAAAGAUGGAACUUAAGCAGAUUAGAGGUGUCUUAUUUAUCAGAGUAUUUUUGCAAUCUUUUAUAAUAUUUCAUCUACGAUUUGCGUUGUUUAUAAGUAUUUUGUCAUACAUAUUAUUAGGGAACUACAUCAAUACUCAAAAAGUUUUUGUCAUACUCUCGUACUUAAAGAUAUUGACAACAAUGACAGUAUUUUUUCCACAAGGUAUUUUAACGUUAGCUGAGAUGCUAAUAUCCAUUAAACGCAUUCAGACAUUUUUCCUACAAGACGAAAAGCACAAACAUAAUCAAAUAUUGUCUUCAAAACCAGAAGCAACAUCAAAAAAUAGUAUUGAAAUGUUACAUUUUAAUAGCGAACAUUUUGCGACUAAUAAAAAUGACAAUGAAGAAAAUACAGUCCAAUCGGAUAAUUUUGGAAUAGACGUUUUAAACGCGUCGGCUAAAUGGAUACUCAAUCAACCCGAAAACUCUUUAAAUAACAUUAACUUAUCCGUUAGACCAGGCCGAUUGGUUGCAAUCAUUGGGCCUGUAGGAGCCGGAAAAAGUUCAUUGAUUCAAGCUAUUUUACGAGAAUUACCACUUUGCGAAGGAAGUAUUUCCGUAUGCGGCACAGUGUCAUACGCGUCUCAAGAACCAUGGUUGUUUAAUGGAUCAAUUCAACAAAAUAUACUUUUUGGCUCACCCAUGGAUUAUAAUCGUUACAAAGAAGUUAUAAAAGUAUGUGCAUUGAAAACCGAUUUUAAACAACUGCCUUAUGGUGACAGAUCUUUAGUAGGAGAAAGAGGAGAUUCGCUUAGUGGAGGUCAAAGAGCGAGAGUAAAUCUAGCGAGAGCUGUAUAUAAACAAGCCGAUAUUUAUUUAUUAGACGAUCCACUAUCAGCUGUUGACACACACGUUGGAAAACAUUUAUUUGAAAAAUGCAUUAAAAAUUACCUGAAAAAGAAAACCUGUAUUCUCAUUACUCAUCAAAUACAAUACUUGUCGAGCGUUGACCACAUUGUUUUGAUGGAAAAUGCGAAUAUAUUAGCCGAGGGUUCGUAUCAAGAACUUCAAUCAUCUGGUUUAGACUUUACAAAAUUGUUGAAGUCAUCGGAUGAGACAGCUGAUAGUGAAAUUGAUGAUACAAAAGCAACUAUUAAUAACAGCGUGGAGCAAUUAUCAAGUUUAUCUCGUCAAGGUUCUAUUGGAAGUUUUUCAUCGUCUAUUGAUGAUGAUAAAUUAAACGGAACUCGGGCAGAACCCAUUGAGGUGGCUGAAACCCGGUCUUCUGGAAAAGUUUCACGUAGUAUUUAUUUGUCUUACGUUUCUGCCGGAGGAAAUGCUUUUAAAAUAUUAUUUUUAUUAUUCAUAUGUAUAUUCACUCAAAUGCUUGGUACUGGUGGAGAUUAUUGGAUAAGUUAUUGGGUUAAUCUAGAAGAUAACGUGUUUCGUAAUAUAGAGAGUAAAUCUACGAAUACUAGUAAUUUUAUGACCUACGUGACAUCUGGUUCAUCGUGGGUAAUAUCUCGCCAGUGUUGUAUUAUAGUAUAUACUGUAAUAAACGUAUCUAUGAUAAUAGUUAUUUUUAUAAGAUGUGCUACAUUCGUAUCAGUUUUCAUAGGCACUUCUAUGAACUUGCAUACCAAUAUGUUCAACGCUAUUACCAGAGCAACAAUGUAUUUCUUUAAUACAAAUUCAUCUGGACGGAUUCUAAACCGCUUUACAAAAGAUAUUGGAGCUAUUGAUGAAAUGAUAACAGUUCCUUCAUUGGAUUUUAUAUAUAAUUCAUUGUCACUAAUGGGAAUUAUUGUUGUGGUUGGAAUAGUUAAUGUUUACCUUCUAAUACCUACAUUCUUCAUUGGGGUAUUAUUUUAUUAUACAGUAGUGUAUUAUUUAUCUACAUCACGCAGUAUCAAACGUUUGGAGGGAGUUUCUCGAAGUCCAGUACUAGGAUAUAUGAACGCAUCGCUUCAGGGUUUAUCAACAAUAAGAGCAUUUGAAGCUGAAGAAGUUUUGUCUCUAGAGUUUGAUCACCAUCAAGAUUUACAUUCUUCAGCGUGGUAUAUUUUUAUUUCAUCUACCGAAGCCUUAGGUUUUGCGUUGGAUAUAAUCUGUCUCAUAUAUAUGAGUAUUUUAACAUUUAGUUUUUUAGUCAUCGAAAAUGAUAUUUUUGGGGGAGAUGUUGGACUAGUUAUAACUCAAGCAAUUGGUUUGACGGGUUCACUCCAGUGGGGAAUAAGACAGUUUGCACAAUUAGAUAAUCAGAUGACAUCCGUUGAAAGAGUACUUGAGUAUACAAAUGUUCCACAGGAAGCAGCACUUGAAUCUUCACAAGAUAAAAAACCACCAAAAGGAUGGCCGGAUAAAGGUCAAAUCGUGUUUGACAAUUUUUAUCUACGUUAUAGUUUAGAUGCAGCUCACGUUUUAAAAAAUCUUAAUAUACAAAUUCAGGCAAUGGAAAAAAUUGGAAUUGUAGGUCGAACUGGUGCAGGAAAAUCGUCGUUGAUAGGAGCGUUAUUUAGAUUAGCUCUCAAUGAGGGCAAUAUCACUAUCGAUGGUAUAGAAAUUCACGAAAUUGGAUUACACGAUUUACGUUCCAAAAUUUCAAUAAUUCCUCAAGAACCGAUUUUGUUUUCGGGAUCAAUGAGAAAAAACCUAGAUCCCUUAAACGAAUACCCAGAUCAUGCCCUUUGGAAUGCUUUAGAAGAAGUGGAACUCAAAACUAUUGUAGAAGAUUUGCCCGACGGUCUGAACUCAAAAAUGUCAGAAGGCGGAUCAAAUUUCAGUGUAGGCCAAAGGCAAUUAGUGUGUUUAGCCAGAGCUAUAGUGCGUAGCAAUAAAAUCCUCGUGCUAGACGAAGCUACCGCCAAUGUCGAUUCACAGACCGAUGCUUUGAUUCAAAAAACGAUAAGAAAUAAAUUCCGGUCAUGUACAGUAUUAACGAUCGCUCAUCGUCUGAACACAGUUAUGGAUUCUGACAGAGUGCUUGUUAUGGACGCUGGAACAAUGGUCGAAUUCGAUCAUCCAUACAGCUUGUUGAAAAAUAAAGAUGGAUUUUUUUACAAAAUGGUAGAACAAACAGGGCCCGAAACGUGUGAUUUUUUACAUAACAUUGCAGUUGAGAGCUUUAUGAACAUGGCACAAGAAAAUAACGAAUUGACCACAAAUUUCUAAGGUUCAGCUGAACUUAAAAGUACAUAAAUGAUUGUCAGUUAUUGUUAAUUAUUGUAUAGUAUUUAAUCGAUAAGUUUUCUGCACUACUGACUGUAUUAAUUAUUCAUUUUAUUAAAUUUUUAUUAACUUUA